CUCAUCCCAAUAAACGUCAACCUGAUUUAAAGUGUCGCAGGCAGGGCUGGUCUGUGGUGGAGGUUUUCCAGUUAUCAAAUUAGAGUCGGUGAGCUGGGAUAGGCUGGGAGUUUGGUUCAGAGAAGUUCGGACAUAGCCUACUGCGGGACGGGGCAAGAAGAGUAGCGACUGAAUGUGGGACAGGAAAUCUGACGUGGACCAUCUACGAGAAAUAAUCGCAUUUGUUGCAUCCAGCAAUCAAAGAUCAUACCCGCGUGAAUGACAAAGGUUGGGUGGGUAAACUUUGUCAUUCGGGUCUGAUCGUUCUAAAACCGGGCUGUUGUUUUUAGUGGAAGCGCUGAAAGAGAACAUCAUGCCAAGGCGGACCGUGCACGAAGUAACAGUUCAAGAUGUCCAGAAGAGGAGAAAUCCGAACAAACACUAUGUUUACAUCAUCAAAGUGUCCUGGUCUGAUGGCAGCACUGAGGUCAUCUUCAGGCGCUACAGCAAGUUCUUCGACCUGCAGAUGGAGCUUCUGGAUAAGUUCCCUGUGGAAGGAGGGCAGAAAGACCCCAAGCGCAGAAUCAUCCCUUUUCUACCAGGGAAGAUCCUGUUCAGGAGAAGCCAUAUCAGGGAUGUGGCCAUGAAGCGCCUGAGGCCUAUCAACGAGUACUGCAGGGCUCUGAUUCAGCUGCCCGUGUACGUAUCCCAGUGUGAGGAGGUUCGUGUAUUCUUCGAGACUCGUCCUGAAGACCUCAACCCACCUAAAGAGGAACCCAUUGGAAAGAAGAAGCCAGGGAUUGUGGAGAGAGCGACUACUUUCCUAAAGAGAGGAGACUCCACCUCAGCUGACCCUCUGCUCCUAGACCAGUAUGUGGCCGUCACGGACUAUGAGAAACAGGAGAGCUCUGAGAUCAGCCUGCACGUGGGACAGACGGUGGAGGUCAUCGAGAAGAAUGAGUCUGGUUGGUGGUUUGUUAGUUCAGACGAGGCCCAAGGCUGGGUCCCUGCCACCUGCCUGGAGGCCCAGGAUGACCCUGACGACUUCUCCCUUCCCGGCGAGGAAGUGUCCCGGAGAUACUGGUCACUGCCGAGCCUUGUGGGCCGCCGGCGAACGUUAGGGGAUCUGUUCAGCACAGGCUUUGGGCAAGAGGAGAAGUACACAGUGAUCUACCCAUAUGCAGCGCGAGACCAAGAUGAGAUCGACCUAGAAAGUGGCAUGACUGUGGAGGUCAUGCAGAAGAACCUUGAGGGCUGGUGGAAGAUCAGGUACCAGGGACAGGAGGGCUGGGCCCCGGCGUCCUACUUGAAGAAGGCCGACAUCCUGAGCCAGAAGCUGGUGGCAGGGGCAGCGGGCCACUCCAGCACUAACGACCUGGACGGAUUCUCUAAGCAGCAGAGUCAACAGAACCAAGCCAAGGAGAGCCGAGGAGACAACAAGGAUCAGAAAGACAAGGGCUUCUCCCCCUUUGCCAAGCAGCACAAACAAGGGGCUAGACAGAGACCACCUCCACGCAGGGAUCUCACCAUCCCGAGGGGGCAGAACCUGCCCAAGCCACCCACCCCUCCCCAGGUGGAGGAGGAGUUCUAUACCAUCGCAGACUUCCAGACCACCAUCCCCGACGGCAUCAGCUUCCAGGCUGGGGUCAAAGUGGAGGUGAUAGAGAAGAACUCCAGUGGCUGGUGGUACAUUCAGAUUGAAGACAAAGAGGGCUGGGCCCCUAUCACCUUCAUCGACAAAUACAAGAAGACCAGCUUGACCCCGCGCCCCAACUUCCUUGUACCUCUGCCCAACGACUUGGUCCAGCUGAAGCUGGAGGAUGGCACUGCUGGCGGUGCGGGGCAAGAGGACAGCUGGUCCAAACCGCUGCCAGACGAACCCACGGCAGGGAGCGAGUCCGUAGCCCGGCCCAAGCUCAGGGACUGGAAGUCCAGUGCCAGUAAGGCGGCAUCUGCUUUUUCCGGUCCCCUGCCCCCAGCCCCGUCUGCCCCACUGACUGAGGAGAAGCCAGCCCUGCCACCCCGCAGGGAGUCCAUCAACAAGAGCACGGACAUUGAGAUUACUGUGGAGAAACCCAGGCCAGACCUAUCCAAACCCUUGCCUUUGAAAACCCCUGCCCCGGGGGUCAUCAUGCCCCUGCUCACCCCCAAAGCUGCCCCCUUCAAGCCAGACAAGCCCCCCGAGCCCAAAAGAGAGGUCACGAACAAACCUCUGCAUUUGAAGAAUGAGAUGGGUUUGGAGUGUGGCCACAAGGUCUCCGCCAAGGAGGUUAAGAAGUUCAACCUGAAACCUGUGGCUAAGCAACCACCCAAGCCCAUGCCUGAUGCACCGGAGGAGAAACCAGAGGCCAUCGGCCCUGCACUGUUCAUGAAGCCUAAACCCAUAGUCCGGCCCAAACCCGUCCCAGCUGCCAAGCCAGAACCGCCAGCUGAGAACAAGCUGGAUAUCACCAACCUGAGGAGCAAGCUGAAGCCUUCAAAGCCAGCUGAACCAGGCUCUGGAUCAGCAGAGACAAGCCAGCAAAACGGCGCUGCUCCAAACAACGGCCCUAGCAACGCUCUCCCCAAGAUGCCGCCGCCCAACCUCCCCCCUAAUAAUGCUUUACCCAAGAUGCCUCCUGGUAAUGUACCCCCCAAGAUGCCCCCUCCUAAUAAUGUUCUCCAAAACAUGCCACGUCCCAACAGCCCCCCUCUCAAUGCACUCCCCAAGAUGCCCCCGGCCCCCAAUGCUCUCAAUGGCAAGGCCAGCGACGAGCCCAAGUUCCCCCCCAAGCAGCAAAAUGGCCACGGACAAGUGAGCCAGGAUGUCCCCAAACCCGCCGUUCCCCCCCCCAAAGAACCUCCAGGGAGGCCAGCCGUCCUCCCUAGGCGACCCCCUCCACCUAAAAAGACCUCAGAGCCAUCCAGCCCCACAGAAACCAAAGCUCCCCUGAAAGAGCUCCCAGACACCAAGCCUGCUCCCCCCCAGCUCAGCAGACCACCUCCCCCUAAACCCAAGGCCUUCAUGCUGCCCCCGCCUAAAGACAAGGACAAGGGGGAGCCCAAGGCAAAAGUGCCUGUGGCCCCAAAGCCCCUGGUUAAAAUUGAGAAACCAGGCCCUCCGAGGGAUAAGCUGCCUCCUCUGAUCAAGGAUCCCAGUAAGGAGGAGCUGUUCUUGGCCGUGGCGGACUUUGAGGGCGACGAUCAGAUGGGUGGCUUCAAGGAGGGCACCGUGUUCGAGGUGAUGGAGCGGAACAGCAGCGGCUGGUGGUUUUGUAAAAAUCUAGGAGAAGGGCCAAUGAAAGAGGGCUGGAUCCCCUCCAAUUACCUGACCAAGAAACCCUAGGUAACAGGUUCUGUUGGCCUUUUUAAUAAAAAUAUGACUAAUUGUAUUUAAUUAGCUUUUUAUUUAUAGGUACCUUUUUUGAUUGAGAUUUGUUACUUUGUUAAAUUCCAUUUGUUUAGCAAGAAUGAACCAGCAAUGUUUAUUUUUUUGCAUAUUGUUCUUUUUUUUGUACUUUUUAUCCUCGUUACAAAUGACUAAGCAUAAAAUCCAUAACAAGCAAAUGUUCAUGUUCACCUUUUGUGCCAUAUGUUACUCAACAAGCCUAUAAUGUCAUUUUAUGAUACAGUAAUGUUAUCACAAGCUUUGUAAUAGAACAAAUGUCUUUCCAAGCCGUCUAUAAUAUUGUGCCUCGGUAUAGUGCUUUAAGCUUAAAUAUAUGCAAUUUAGCUUGUUAGUUUCUCAGUUAGUAUUUCAAAAAUAUAUUUAAGUCUAAUGAGUGGAGUCAUAACUGACUGGAAAAUAAAUCAGACCAUACACCAGAGGAACCAGGGGUCCGUAUUCACAAAGCAUCUCAGACUAGGAGUGCUGAUUUAAGAUCAGUUUUGCCUUUUAGAUCUUAAUGAAUAAGAUUACAUGGAUAGGGGGGUACCUGAUUCUAGAUCAGCACUCCUACUCUGAGAAUCUUUGUGAAUACUGGCUGAGAUAAUCACAAGACAAACAGCCAAAACCAGCCUAAGGCAGAAGGCCAUGGAUACUCAAGAUUCCUCAAAGAACACCCCUCCUCCACUAAGGCUGCAACGGAGGUUACAAUAGGAGUUCAAGAGGACAUUUUGGCUUUCAAGUACUAAAAUAUUAACACUUCAAGCAACGUUUUUGACGAGUGCUUAAUACUAAACAUUUAUACAGAUCUUUUCAGGUUUGUGAACAUGUUUAUUCUUCUUUCAGGAACUGCAUAAUACUGAUGCGGCUGAUUUGUAACAGAUGUGCACUUUUCAGAUUAUUCAGCCGUUCAGACAGUUCAGGUUUGCAAUCUGGAUUACCAAACUGGGGGAGUGAGCCUGUCUUUCAACUCACUCUUGAACAUUGUAAUAGAAUGCACAAGGUGCAAUUUUAAAAUGAGGCAGUGCAUCAGUUUUCCUCUUGUCUGUCAUUGCAUACCUUAGAGGUAUUUAUAAUUUCUCAGAAAUGUCCAGUGAAAAAGCUUGGGAACCCCCUGGCUUAAUAGACCGAUGGAGAGGAAGUAUAGAAUGUACAAUUGAAAACCACAGCCAUGUAUUAAAACACUCAAAUAAGGUUGCUGCAAGACUUUGGGAGCUGCAUUGUAUACCAGGGUUGGAGUCCAACUCCUUUCAGGAUGGACUGAAUUGAAAUGAAAAUGGACCCUUUCCCUGGUGUUCACAGUACAAUAGGUGGAAAACACCCUAUUGAUUUCAUGAACUGUAGGUCUACCAUUAUCAAUACAGCCCCUAAAUAUGAGAAUUGACCUGCGAUUUAUGCAAUAAUAAUAUUAAUAAAUAUAAACAGCGAUACUGGAUCACAUUAAAAAAAAGGUGCUCAAAUAUAAAAAGUGUGAUAAUUAUAAAAAAAACAUUUACAUUAGUGUUUGACUGGUUUCAAGCACCAGACUUAGCAAAAGUUAGUUUUUCUCGUACUUCUAGAAUGAAGUAAUGUCAGCUGUCGUUUACUUUUCACCCUUGCCGUAGUUGGAACUUAAUCAUGCAUUGUUCCUACAGCCGAAGUAGUAACAUGUGUUUCCCAAAACACCACGCAGAGAGAACAUUCAGCAAGUGCGUCGUUGGAACAUGUCGACACUAUUAGGUUCGAAAGAUAGCGCUUCUCUAGGAUCCGCUUUCUCCAUUCAAAUUUGACCUUUAAAAUAAUUGUCACAAUACUGGUCAGACAGAUCAGCUCCUAGAGAGAUAUCGCCUAUGGCUGAAAAGAUCGAGGUGGCCUAUUAUAAUGGUUACCCGUGAAUGCAUUACAUCACAGAUUUGGCACAUCAUUGCAUUAAUGUUCCUACACAUUACAUAGAGGGAAAUAGCAGACAGUAGCCUACAAUUAGAUAAAUAGAACAUGAUGUUGAUUUAAAUAUGAUCAAAAUACAUAAGCAAAUGUAGUGUACUCAUUUAUAGUCAUCUUGGUUUUCAUUUGAAGCAUAAUUUUGUUACAAUUGCAAAGACAUUGCCCACUUUGUAGCCUAUUUAAAGUUAUCGGUGGUCACAGAGAUGGAUAAAAAUCCAUUGAUUGUGUGUUUAACAGAGGUCUUCUGUGUAUAAAGUGACAUGGAAGGACAAAAAAAAGCAUGUAACGAUGCACUUGGCUUUUCAAGUGGUGUGAGGCAGUCGGUAAAUAGGCCUAACAAGCCUUUAAGUGUGACUAGUAACAAUGGCUACUACGAAGGAUCUAACAAACUUAGCCUUAAGAUACUUCUGGGAAACUGGGCCAUGGUCAUGGAGAAAGAGGGUUGGUCUCCUAGGAGACACACUGACAAGGCUGGGAGUGCCUGUAGCUCAGGUUAAUUGGAGAAUCUCAGAGUAUGGUUGAUCUGAUUCUGCUCCUAGUUGCUUGGAUACUAUGUUUUUCCCAUCCCCCUCAUGUUAAAGUACUAGGUCCAAUGCUGUGUGUCAGGUCCCUAACCAGCAUUAAAAUCAUAAGUAACUUGGAGUUUUCUGGUCUUUGGCAGUGUGCAUAGGACACAAGUAAUUAUAUUCAUGUCAGAUUUGUAAUGAUCAACACUAGUGUCAAGUCAUUGAGUGAGACCUGACAGUUCGUGGAAUGUGAGUGAAACCUAGAUUGGGUUAUGGUAUGGGUUGGAAAGACAUGCAUUCAACACUUUGGUUACUGAAGCAUAAGGAGAGGCACACAGGGAUGUGAACGCUACAAUAAAACAGUAUGGAUUGUCUUCUUGCUAUAAGUAAUGCUUUACCCUAAACUGGUCAAUUUAAUUUGAAAAUGAAUUCAUAAAAAGAAACUGCUCAUUCUUUAUUCUUUGAGAUAUGCAGCAUAAACACCUUUCCCGCUGACAUAUUGCGCAUAUCCCAUCUUAGUCCUGUAUUGUAUUCGUAAUACUUGUGUAUUUCCCCUCAUGGUUCUCUUUCAUAUCAAGUCAAUAAACAUUUUUUUUAAAGUUA